AUGGAGAGCAUACAGCUAGCCCAGAUGCUGGCUGAUCUCAGCGAUCUAGACGCAGCACAAGAGGCCUCUGCCGCCCUAGCCCUCGUCAACGCGAAUAAGAACCUACCGACGGCCAACAACGCAACCCAAGACCCUACAUCAGGACCCAAGGCGACAGAGAGACACCACCACCGUGUGGCUUCUGCGCAACCGGCGAUCAACAGAACGUCCUCACCGGCCACCAUGUUCGACAAGUUUGGCCGUAAAAUGUUCACCCCGCCCAUGACACGAAGCAACUCCACUCAGGGUUCCAUACCAGGGACUCCCAGGAGAGAGUUAGAGAUGGAAGACGAUGUUGACCGAGCCUCGACACUCAUCUCCCUCUACGAGAUACGAGCAAAGAUCAAGCAGCAGGACAAUUCAAGCUUAAUUCGAGCGCGGGAAAAGAUACAGGCUCUGGCAGCCAAGCAACAAGCUCAAGCAGCGGCAGAAAAGAAGGACACAGCACAAAACCCUCGAUAUAACUAUCCGAAACAGACCUGA